AUGUCGUCCUCAUCAUGGCACGAGAUCGCUCACAUCCUUGCUGUUCCUCCUCCGCAACCUCCCGCCUACCUCGGAGCGCUUCCGCCUCCCUCGCCGGCGGUCAACGUCGUUGCUUUCGAUACCUCUGCUGAACUUCUGCUUACUGGGAACUCCAAUGGAGGCGUCAACAGCUGGUACGGACCUGCACUGGGGAGAUAUACCGCCUGGAGGGCAGAUGUCCGGCAGACUGCUCCCAGCCUGUCGCAAUCACAUCAUUCGAAUGUCCGUAGUGGUAUAGCUGAAAUCUACAAUGAUUCUGGCUUCGUCUAUUCUGUUACUCCGGGAGGCAUACACUGUGCCAGCCGAAAGGGGCUGGCCAAAUGGAGCCAGGACGUGGCCGCCAUGGGUCAUCCUUCCCUAUCCCUUGGCAGCAUAUGCGCUUCUCCGGCUCACUCCACCUCGGAACUCGUUGUCGCCGGAUCCUCCUCCUUGGAGCGAGAUCAACAGGUGUUCAGCAUCAACAAGCACGUGGGUGGUCAAGUGACGAGGAAAUCUAGCGCAGCAGGACCUAUCCUGCAAGUCAGGAAAUCGCAAAAGUACCUGCUCAGCUCUACGCCUGGAGGCCAUAUCCAAUGCAGAGAUCCGAGGACUCUGGAGAUUCAGCAUAGACUGCAUGCUCAUCCUGGAGGUGUGAUAGAUAUGAAGAGCGAGGGGAGUCUGGUGUGGAGUGUGGGAUGGACCAUGAGACUCGGCCACCCAGUGCCUGAGCCACUGAUCAAAGUUCAUGACCUGCGGUCAAUGCGAGCAAUGGUCCCGAUACCCUUUGCCGCCCCAGGAGGCCCUGCGCUACUUGACAUUCACCCUCGGCUCAGCUCCACGGUCGUAGUCGCAGCGCCGACAGGAGCAUGGCAGAUCGUCGACAUGAACAACCCUGGAGAAGCCAGCUUCUACCAGAUGAAUACGGCAGGCUCCAACUCUACGCUCAAGUCUCUCAGUAUAGCUCCUUCAGCGGAGUAUAUUGCAUUCGGUGAAGGAGACGGUAGCGUCAGGCUGUGGUCCACGUCAGAGGCUGCUGCUGCUCUCAACCAUCCAGAGACUAUCAGUAGCGCUCCGAAGUUCAAUUCGUAUAGCUCGCAGCCUCUAGAGCUGCCAGCUGAGGCAGAAACGAGGAAGGCGAUCGAUUGGACAGCAGAAACUUCUCUGUCCUCGAUAGGACUCCCACAUUACGAUGCGCCGCUUCUCUCCGUUCUUCCCUUUGAGCACUAUGCCGCCCAAAGCUCCCCGCUCUUCAACCCUUUCCCGCCUAAGGUCGACCCUGGCGUCCUCAGCUCGGUACGAGCUGUAGAUGGCCUCCACUUUGGUCCUCUGCCCCGGCAUCUGCGUGGCAAACGAAAUGUCGCGAAAGUGACCGGCAAAGGCUUCCCACCUCCUCCUGGCAGAGGCUCGGCUUUACAAGCAGGAUCCGGAUCUGCAGCGCGCGGCGAGUCACGAGUUUUGGGUCUGCGCACGCCCAUGUUUCGCAGCGAGAAGAUCAAGGCGCAGCAGCGCAACCAAGGCGGCUUGGCAGAUGGAGAGGCUGAGGAGGAAGCCGUCGAAGAGCUUGGAGGAGGGCCACCGCAGUACUGGCGGAAGAAAGAUAUUGUGUACAGCAAGUUCGGGGUAGAGGAUUUCGAUUUCGAAUUCUACAACAAGACCAAUCAGUCCGGUCUGGAGACACACAUCGCUAAUUGCUAUCUCAACUCAUUGCUGCAAUGUCUUUACCACCUCCCGGUGUUGCGAUCGCUCGCAGAGAUUCACACCCUGUCUGGUGGAAAAGCAAGAUGCGGAAGAGACGACUGCCUCCUCUGCGAGCUAUCUUUCCUCUUCAUGAUGCUACGGGAUGCAAACGGCUCCAAUUGCCAAGCGACAAAUCUCUUGCGGGCUUUCGCUAAGAGUGGAAAGGCUGUCUCUCUAGGUCUCAUGGAUCACGACGCUCUGUCCUCAUCCUCGUCGCAAAUCUCGGAUGUGGCUUAUGCGAACCUGAUCCAGACUGUCAACCGUUUCUUGCUGGAUUGUGCAGCCUCAUCAUGGGCCGAAAUGGCAGUAGCAUCACAAGUCGACGGUGCACAUCACCCUGUCUCGCCCAGUCUGAUGGAAGAUGCUCUCGCGCCCACCACUCGCGUCGAUUCGGUCUGUCUUUCCUGCGGACAAGUGGUAUCAAGACCCUCCAAAGCCCUGGUCAUCGACCUCGUCUACCCACGCAAGUCGCUGUCCAAUGAGCCAGUCAUUCCUUCCGACUUUGCCUCGGUGCUCAAGGCAUCGCUAGUGAGGGAGAGCGUCACAAAGACCACGUGCAAAUUCUGCAGUAGUACCGGGGCCAGCAUCCGCACACGGAGACAGCUGGUCGCGACGAGCAAACUGCCUCAAGUGCUGAGCGUCAACGCCAACAUCAUCACAGAGGACCAGAUGAGCCUCUGGAUUGACAAGCCCAUUGGGAGCGGCAAAAACAAGGAGAGAAAGACGUACCUGCCUCUAAUGCUGAGCAUCAAGUCUGCGGAUGUCGACGGAGGGCAGCCAUUGAUAAUGGAACUGCGGGAGGGCGCACAAGCUCCUGAAGGUUCGGCAAUCUAUCAGCUCAAGUCGAUGGUGACACAGAUCCAGGCGCCUAAGGAAGCGGCGCAUCUAGUCUCGGUUGCACGAGGUGAGCACGCUCGGCGCGAAGUGUUCUUCCACGUAGACUCACUGACUUUGCCAUCCUUUCGACCCACAGUGCCAGAGACUCACUCAGGUGCCGGCCAAACAUCAGAGUCUGCCACUUGGUAUCUGUACAACGACUUCCUAGUGCGGCCGAUCUCGGAAGCGGAGGCUUUAAGCUUCCCGGCAGCGACAUGGCGCAUUCCUGCUGUGGUCUUCUACGAGCGAGUGGACACGCAAGUCAUCGACAUCGCCUCGAUCCCCUGGGAAAAGGAUUUGCCGGUGCUCACCGAGGACCUCAAUGUCUCACUACAUCGUGAUCCAGAGAGUAUUCGUCAUCGAGUGUUGACUACCGACGAGAUUCCUUCCCCUGGCGACCUGGUAGCGAUCGAUGCCGAAUUCGUGGCUCUCAACCCCGAAGAGCUAGAGCUGUCUUCGUCCGGUACCCGAUCGCUGAUCAGACCGACAACGAUGUCUCUGGCCCGCGUGUCGGUGUUGCGCGGUCAAGGGGCCAGUGAGUGCGAGCCGUUCAUCGAUGACCACAUCGUCACUCGGGAGAGGAUCUUCGACUACCUCACUCAGUUCUCGGGCAUCAUCGAUGGAGACCUGGACCCGGCCAAGUCGAGACAUACCGUGAUUCCGCAGAAGCUAGCGUACAAGAAGCUGAGAUUGCUCGUGGACUUGGGAUGCGUCUUCAUCGGCCAUGGACUCAAGAAAGACUUCAGAAUCAUUAACAUCCACGUGCCUCCCAAGCAGGUCAUCGACACCGUCGACUUGUACUCAUCAGCACUCCAAGCGCGCAAGCUUUCCUUGCGGUUCCUCAGUUGGUUCCUUCUCAAGGAAGACAUCCAGGGUACUGGCGCAGAAAAGACGGGUGAAGCAGGCGGAACGGGAGUUGUACACGGACACGACUCGAUAGAGGAUGCCCGUGCGGCCUUGCACCUCUACAGAAUCUACGAGACUUUCCAGAGGGAUGGAAGGCUGGAGGAUGUGAUGGAGGACCUAUACGAAGCGGGAAAGAGAUUCAAUUGGAGGCCACCCGCCGCUGCUGCUGCCGGAACUGGGGACGGGCAAGCGAGCAAGGUGGGCACCCCUACUCUCACGCCGGCAGUACUGUCCGGCUCAUUGUAG